GUUCGCAGCAUGCAAACCAAUCCAGAGUUCCAAACUCCCACACCAAAGCGAGUUAGAUAGACCGGCCCAUCCACCUGGUGAGGCACACAAGCUUUUUCCCCCAUUUUUCGCAACCGUCCACAGUAUAAACCACCGUCGCCACUUGAUCCCUUCCCGUCUCGUACAACCGCACCUCGUCUCGUGUAAUCGUAGUGGUCCCUACCGAAGACACCUCGCCGCGUCCCGUCAUGUCGUCGUUGCGGCAGCUCCACCCGGUGACCCUCGCCCUCGCCGUCAUGGUCACGGCGGCGGCGACGCUGUCCGCGGCGCAGCAGCAGCCGGAGGCGUUCCCGGCGCUGCCCAGCUGCCCGCCGGCGCCGCUCAGCCUGUCGCCGUGCAUCGGCUACGUCUUCGGCGUCAGCUCGGCGACGCUCACCGACUGCUGCUCCCAGCUCCGGAGCUUCCUACAGGCGCAGGCGCCCUGCCUCUGCGCCGCGUCCAAGCUCGCGCCCAGCCCCGUCGGCCUCAUCCUCGGCCAGGCCCAGACCAUCAUCCCCAACGUAUGCCACCUGCCCAACCCAUGCGACGCUGACGCCGGCGACGGCGAGGGAUCUGCUUCGCCUCCGUCCGAGACGACGACGACUCCGGCAGCCACCACGCCUGCAACCGAAGAACCGUCGUCGAGCACGGCGGCGGCUGAUCCAGACGCGUCGGGUGCGUCACCGGAACCGGCCGAGGAUUCUCCUGCCGCCGCAACGGCGCCGGCCGGCGCCGGGUAUAAGCUCCCACAACUGCUGCAUGCAGCGGGCGCCACGAGGUCCAGAGGCAUGGCUGCUGGCACUGUGUUCAUCACCGUGUUUCUCGCUUCAGUUGCAACCCUGUCUGUGUAGCUGUAACUUGCUAAGUUGCAAUAAAAACGUGUUUGCUCUACGGAAUCUACAAUGCAGCAAAGCUGCCCCCGGAGGUCAAAGGAUGGUAGGUGUUCACGCAUCAGGCCGAUGCUUACAUCAGAGCAACUGAAGCAGAUAAUUCUUACAAGAUCCAAUGUAAACGUUUCUCGCACACUUGCUCAGAAAAUAACAUGGCCAUAAAAACAUUCUCUUCA